UCAUUAGACUGGAAACUAGCUACAAGUAACGCCUGUCGAGAUUUGACUUCUCGUUUGCCUGCAUGGAUGCCAUCAUUUGAGGUUUUUUGAGUUUGAUAGAUAAUUCAGAAUGGAAAACAGGGCGGAACAACAGACUUCAUUGCUAUGGAGGAUUGUGAAGAAAUUCAUUCAAUUAUCGAUAAUGAUACCAGUAACAGGAUACAUACUGGUUGUAAUUAUUAUGUAUAGUUCACCUUGGGCUAGAAAUCAAGUUAUCUAUCUUAAUUAUGCUAGGAAUCCUUUCACAGAUUUGACURACCCAUCUAUACACGGUGUUGAAAAUGCUAUUAAUUUAUACAUUGAUGGGCCUGCUGGAAGACUGGGGGCCUGGUACAUACAAGCAAAGAGUAAGAAAUUUUAUGGUGCAAUCAAUCUUGAUGAUGGGAACCCUGUGAUGGUAUAUUUCCAUGGUAAUGCGUAUACCAGAGCAGAAAAACACAGAGUUGCUCUAUACAAGCUCCUYUCUUCAAUGUCUUAUCAUGUAGUGACCUUAGACUACAGAGGUUUUGCAGAUUCAGAUGGAGUUCCUUCAGAGCAGGGUUUGAUUGAUGACGGUCUUGCUACUUAUGAAUGGGUCAAGGCGAGGUCUGGAAACUCAACUGUGUAUAUWUGGGGCCAUUCUCUUGGAACAGCUGUAGGCACUGGAGUAGCAAAAGUACUGUGUGAUAGAGGUGCUCCACCUUCUGGAGUGAUCUUGGAGGCUCCUUUUAAUAACGUGUAUGAUGCUGGACAAGAACACAAGAUAGCCAAGCCUUUCAAGUUCCUGCCGUAUUUCCAAGAAAUCGUCAUGGAUGAAGUCAAGGAGUUGUUCAGAACUGAUAAAAGGAUAGUUGAUGUGUAUUGCCCCAUUUUGAUUCUACACGAUCGUACAGAUGACAUCAUCCUCUUCAAAUACGCUGAAAAGCUAUAUCAGCAUGCCAGGAGUUUUCGUCCCAAGGAUGCAGCGUUUAUCAAACUGGUCGAGUUCCAUGGUCAUGGACACAACUGGAUCUGCGAGUCCAAAGUUCUACCCGACAUUAUACGUGCUUUUGUGAAAUGAAUAUAAAUCAAGGAAUAUCAACUACUGGUGCAGCGAUGAAUCGCCUGGCCUCAGUCACCGUUACAGAUGACCGUCGAUUAAAGAACUUGUUUUUACUGUAAUUAAAUGAAUCCAAAAGUUGUUCUUAUAUAGCCUGCCAUAUACAGCUGGCUUGAUACUAUCCUCCUGUAAUGUGAUUCGG